AUGACCGUCACAUACGAUCUUCCGCGGAGUACCGCUCCUACAUCAAUGGCGACACUUGAAGACAGAUUCGAGGUCAUGAAGGAAAUUGGGGAUGGCAGCUUUGGUAGCGUGGCCGUGGCACGGGUCCGGACAGCGGGAUCCAACAUUGCCCGGAGAGGGACAAUGGUCGCGAUCAAGACGAUGAAGAAAACUUUCGAUUCAUUGACGCCGUGUUUAGAAUUAAGAGAAGUCAUCUUCCUCCGCACAUUGCCCAUCCAUCCUCAUCUCGUCCCCGCUCUGGACAUCUUCCUCGACCCCCUUUCCCGCAAGCUUCACAUCUGUAUGGAAUACAUGGACGGCAACCUCUACCAGUUGAUGAAGGCACGAGACCACAAGUCUUUCGACCCCAAGCACGUCAAGAGCAUCCUCUACCAGAUUAUGUGCGGUCUGGACCACAUUCAUGCCCACCACUUCUUUCACCGCGAUAUCAAGCCAGAGAACAUCCUGGUCUCCACAUCCGCCCCCAAUGAUUCUGCCUUCAGUCGUUAUUCCAACCUCGUUACCCCUCCCUCCACUCCUCCCACCUACACCGUCAAGAUCGCCGAUUUUGGUCUUGCACGCGAAACCCACUCUAAAAUGCCCUACACAACCUACGUCUCGACCCGCUGGUAUCGCGCCCCUGAAGUCCUUUUGCGGGCCGGAGAGUACUCCGCCCCAGUCGAUAUGUGGGCAAUUGGUGCUAUGGCCGUUGAGAUCGCGACGCUCAAGCCUCUGUUCCCUGGUGGCAACGAAGUGGAUCAGGUAUGGAGGGUCUGUGAGAUCAUGGGUAGCCCCGGAAACUGGUACAGUAAGUCGGGUGCGAAGCUCGGUGGAGGUGAAUGGAGAGACGGGGCCCGUUUGGCCCAGAAGCUGGGGUUCACUUUCCCCAAGAUGGCUCCUCACUCCAUGGAGAGCAUUCUGCAGCCGCCUCAAUGGCCUGCGUCUCUUAGCCAUUUUGUGACUUGGUGUCUCAUGUGGGACCCCAAGCAGCGACCGACGUCUACCCAAGCCUUGAACCACGAGUACUUUGCGGAUGCCGUGGACCCAUUGCGCCCCAAGUCUUCGACUGCCCGGCUGCUGGGUCGGAAGCAAUCGGACAAGAGCUUCAAAUCCGCCACCAAGGAGACGAACGACUCUCCAACUCUCUCCACUAAGCCGUCUUGGUUCCGACGAUCGUUCAUUGGAAAGACCGAGAACCAGGUACCUGCUGUGGAGAAUGAACAACCAGCCCGGGCAGCCCCGCCCCCGUACAACGCGACCGUUGAUGCGCAGGCUGCCAACAAGGCCAAACAGGGUACCACAAAGCGUGCUACCUGGGCGAACGGUGCGCCCAUGCCCAUUCUGCCUUCCAUCCGUCCUGUGUCACCCUUGUCUAACGCCGUGACAGCACAAGCCAACUCGACUUUCACCCACGACAACAGUAGCAACGCUACGAGUGUCACUUUUGCGGACAAUAAGGCGAACAAGAAGAUUGGCAGACAACUAUCGUUGAACUCGCACGGUAACCAUUAUGCCGACGUCCACCGGCAAGAGGCCGAGAAGGCACUCAACGGGAGUAACGGCGGCAUGGCGGCCACACCAAAGGAGAGUUUCUUCUCGCAUCUGCGCAAGCGUGCAAGGAGACUGUCUGGUCGCAACCAAGCGCAUACUGCAAGCGAUGACGUUGAGGCCAACGCGGGUUGCAUGCCAUGGUCGAACCGGUCGUCCUUGGCGCUGGACUCCAACAACGAAGCGAAGCAAGGCUCUGAUCUCUCGGAAUUGGACAAGGCUCUUCAGAACGUUAAAUAUUCGCUUGACUCAUCGUCAAAGGGCAAUGUUCCCGUUCAGAUCACCUCCCCGGUCGAGAGCACCAAGCGCCAAUCGAUGCCCCAGGGUUCCAUUCGUUCCUCGAUAAAUGAGAGUCCCAGCUCUACCAGCGGCUCUGCUGGGCCGAUCUCCAGCCGGACUAGACGUGCCAUGCAAAUGUCUACUCACCCGGUGCACCGGUAUGAGACACCCGAAGAGGAAGAUGAGCUUUUAGACGAAGUGCUCCAUUCGGCUACCAAGGCUGCCAAGCGAUUGGCGCAGAACAAUACGUCUGAUCCCAACUACAGCCACCAGCAAAUGGCCAAGGAUAACUCGCAGGCUUUGCCCAGUCCCUAUCCAACUCCUUCCCCUUCCGCAAAUGGCGCCUCGUUCGGUCAGGAUACCCCGUGCCGGAAAGAUCUAAAGGCUGACAACCGUCAAUGGCCUACUCCACCUUACGAGGAGGGUGAAUGGACGACCCCAACUUCUGCUACUUUCCUUAGCAGUUCCACUUACAGGUAA